GAAAAAUAAUUUGAGCAGAAAAAAAUUUUUGGUGUAAUUUUUGCAUGGAUUGACCCAUAUAUAGAUAAGGAACAGCUGUUCGUAAAGGGCGGUUUCCGACUGAACUUUAGUUUUUUUGCAAAUGUAUACAUACAUACAUAUGUAUCUUUUCCUGUCAUAAAUAUAUCGAUGGUCCUUUUACAAUAACGACACAAUUCAAAACUCAAAAUUGGAUUCAGAGAAGUCAUCUAACCGCUUUAAUUUUAAUAUCCGAAACUCGAGUUUGAAAAAAUGCCAAUAAUCGAGCAACCUUGCAGAUGCAUAAUAAAAUUUCAUGUAAUGUAAGUGAAUUUUUGACAAAAAAAUUUGAAGCUUUAACCUUCUUAAAAAAUUGGGGUUUGAGACUUCCACGUAUGAAUACCCUCGUUUAGUAUAUAGUAGUUCGGACCCUGACCCUAUCAGAAAAAAUGCCUAAGUAUCACCCUUGUUUUCAACAUUGCGCAGAUUCCAUGACCUCCCAAGCUCCACAAAUCGAGGUUUUCAUUUCAUGCGACUAUUAGAUGGCCAAUUUGUAACCAAAAUUUGACUGUACCAUUAUGUUUGAUGUUCGAUAGUAAACAUUUGCAUAGUUUUUAUUAUUAUAAAGUUUUGUCGAAUUAAAAGCUUUGGUUAGUAUACGUAUAUAUGUACAUAUUUGUUCAUAAAAAUGCGUAUGAAAUAUGCAUGUACAUACAUACAUAUGUACAUAUACAUAAAUCUAAACAAGAGACGAGAACGCGUAUGCAUAUAUGAAAACAGAAAGAAAAUCCGAAGACACUUAAACACGAUACCAACAUUAAAUACCAUUAAAUUACCAACGAAUGUUACGCGGAAAAAGGAAGACAAUAAUCCAAGGCAUACAAAAGCAAAUCCGAUAUAUUUUACAAGCAUAAAUUUGCUUGUUCCACAAUCUGAGUUUUCACGUCAUUCAUAUCUGAACUAAUGCGCUUACAUACAUACGUACAUAAAUAUACAUACAGGUGUAAAUGGUACGCAAACGUCCAUUCGCCUUAAAUCGCAGUUCAAUGCAGUUUAUUGCCUUGGAAGAUUGUACCAUGCACCGCUUCGAAGAUCUAACGAAUGCCAAUCGUGAGCGGUGGAAGAUAUUGGACUCUAUAAAUUGAAUGCCAACCCAUAGACUAAAAAUAAUGUUGCAGAAAUUGCUUAAGCGCACACAACAGGUGGAGAAAAGGCAUUCGAAACAAUGGAUAUUUUCUUUGGCAAGUGUUUGAACAAGCAACUGCGGUAUCUCGUUUUUCUUUUCUGUUUACUAAGUUGUCGAAAGAUCACUAGUGGCAAGGAAGCAAGAAUACAGCGUCGAUUUAUGUGGAAACAAAUGCACAUGGAUAACUUUGUAAGUGACAUGGCUACAAGGGCAUAUGCUAUGAAGCAUUUGCUUUCCGAUCUAGUCCCCACCUCACACUCGGUGGUACCCAGUAAACUACUAGAUUAUUUGCCUUCAGAAACCACCAGAGUAAAAUACAUUAUACGCAACCCAACAACUAAAAAACCUAUAAAAAUUAUUAAAAUGCGGCCAAACAAAAAGGUUAUUAAAAUCAUUCCUAAGCCAACAGUUAGUUUGGAUACGAUGACGACACUUUCACAGGAGAAGACAGUGCCAACAUAUCUUAGCAGCGAUCAAAUGGAAAAGCUUGAAAAGGAACAAGAGUUAAUUGCCGAAGGGCAAUACCCACACAAAAUUGAGGAUGACGAACUAAGCCAUAUAUCUGAGGACGAAAAGUAUAAACAACCAUCGAAGCAAGAAAUGGAUGAUCAGCAGAAUGGCUGGCUACCCGUUGUUGAUACUUCUAAUAUAGUUUCUUCUUCUUUGUCCGCCAAACCAAUAAGUUCAUUGCAUACUAGCAUCAUGGCGGAGGCACUGCCAAAACCGGAAAAACAUAUAGCCGAGAGCCCAUUUUUGACCAACUAUGGACAGGACUCGACCACCUAUCAGCAAAGUCACGAUUCACUCGUUCUGCAAAACUACUACGACCAAGGGCCACAGACAAAUGGUUAUGAAGUGACGGAGAACAUUGCAGAGGAAUCUAUAGCUUUACCAUUGACACAAGGUUCCCGGAUCAAUGUUCGAAUAGGUUCAGCUCCGCCUAGACACAGUGUUAGCCAAUCUUCUUCCAACGUAGGUAGCAGGGACAAAUUUACACCAACAACCCCAGCAAGUGUUUCUACGGAGGAGCCACCAAACUACCCACCCAAUUUCUUGCGACGCUUUCAGGAUCGAUCAAAUGCAGCUGCAGUGUCGCCAUCACCUGGUGCAACAAGCUCUGCUGCAGUAGUUAGAUCAAAGCAGCGCAAAAACAUUGCAGAAUUUAGUACAGACUGGACUCCUAAAAUGACAAAAAAUAUGAGUAGCACCAGGGAAUCAUUUAAGUUCAGGGCUCGGUUUCAAGGAUUGCCGCCUCGGAUCAAAAGUGAAAAAUGGCCACCUGAGGUUGAAAAUUUGUCGCCUCUAUCACACUCAAAGCCAGAUAGAUUUUCAUCGUCAGAAAUCUCCACCGAAAUUAAAUCUUCAGUACAUAGUUCAACAACUGCAGCUACUUUACUAGCAGAAAGCAGGCAACAAUCUGGUGAGCCAUCGGCUGGUAGAUCAAGGAAACAGCCAUUAUCUAUUCCAAUGAAAACAAGACAAGCUGCUGAGUUGCCGAAGUUGCGAGAUAUGCGAGUGCAUAAUCGGGGAAAAAUCAAAUUCGGAGACAAAAUCUUAUAAAUUUUAAGUACUAAAUACACAUACAUACUUCCAUAUGUAUAUUCUUAUUUAUUUAUUUAUUAUUUGAAGUA